AUGGCCCAGACGCCAGCUUUCGACAAGCCCAAAGUAGAACUGCAUGUCCACCUGGAUGGCGCCAUCAAGCCCGAAACCAUCUUAUAUUAUGGCAGGAAGAGGGGCAUCCCCCUCCCCGCCGACACACCAGAGGGGCUACAGAACAUCAUCGGCAUGGACAAGCCACUCAGCCUCCCAGGCUUCCUGGCCAAGUUUGACUACUACAUGCCUGCCAUCGCGGGCUGCCGGGAGGCCAUCAAAAGGAUUGCCUAUGAGUUUGUGGAGAUGAAGGCCAAGGAGCGCGUGGUGUACGUGGAAGUGCGCUACAGCCCGCACCUGCUGGCCAACUCCAAGGUGGAGCCAAUGCCCUGGAACCAGGCUGAAGGGGACCUCACCCCGGAUGAGGUGGUAUCGCUGGUGAGCCAGGGUCUGCAGGAGGGGGAGCGGGACUUCGGCGUGAAGGUGCGGUCCAUCCUGUGCUGCAUGCGCCACCAGCCCAGCUGGUCCUCCGAGGUGGUGGAGCUCUGUAAGAAGUACCGAGAGCAGACUGUGGUGGCCAUUGACCUGGCUGGAGAUGAGACCAUUGAAGGCAGCAGCCUCUUCCCUGGACAUGUGCAGGCCUACGCGGAGGCCGUGAAGAGCGGCGUCCACCGCACGGUCCACGCCGGGGAGGUGGGCUCCGCCGAGGUGGUGAAAGAGGCUGUGGACACGCUCAAGACCGAGAGGCUGGGGCACGGCUACCACACCCUGGAGGAUGCAGCCCUUUACAACACGCUGCGGCAGGAAAACAUGCACUUCGAGGUCUGCCCCUGGUCCAGCUACCUCACCGGCGCCUGGAAGCCUGACACGGAGCACCCGGUUGUUCGGUUCAAAAAUGACCAGGCUAACUACUCGCUCAACACGGAUGACCCGCUCAUCUUCAAGUCCACACUGGACACUGAUUACCAGAUGACCAAGCGCGACAUGGGCUUCACCGAAGAGGAGUUUAAGAGACUGAACAUCAAUGCGGCAAAGUCCAGUUUCCUCCCUGAAGAUGAGAAGACGGAGCUCCUUGAUCUGCUCUAUAAGGCCUACGGGAUGCCCUCUCCGGCCUCCGCAGAGCAGCGUCCGUGA